AUGUCGUCUCAGUUCUCCAUGGCUAAGCUGCUAAGGGCCACAAAUAACUUCUCUUCAGACAUGAUCAUCGGCUAUGGCGACUGCUUCCUGCUUUACAAGGCUCAACUCUCCAACGGUCUCACCGUCGCCAUCAAGAAGCUUGACCCGAGAGAGUUCCCGGGGUUUCGUGAGUUUCGGGCUGAAGUCGAAACGCUUGGGAAGCUUCGUCACCCAAAUAUCGUCAAGCUCUUGGGGUACAGCUCGGUUGGACAUUUUGUGUAUGAGUACAUCGAGAGAGGCGAUCUUCAUUGUUUGUUGCAUGACUCUGAAGUUCGAGAUAACUCGUUACCAUGGGAAACCAGGUUUCAGAUUGUCAGAGGUGUGGCUGAUGGGCUAGCAUAUUUACAUGGGUUGGAAACCCCCAUUGUUCAUAGGGACAUUAGAGCCAAAAAUGUGUUACUUGACUUGGAGUUUCAGCCACAUAUUACUAAUUUUGGGCUCGCUAGAAGGAUUGAAUCACAGCAUUCGCAUGUGUCAACUUGUACCGAUGGCGCCAUAGCAUACAUGCCUCCGGAGUACCUAGUCGGUUGCAAUGUGGCUACCUUGAAAGGGGAUGUGUUUAGUUUUGGCGUUCUGAUGCUGGAAAUCGCAACGGGGAGAUGCCCAAGCCUACUCAACGAGCUUAAUGGCAAGAAAAGGGGGUUAGUGGAAUGGGCCAAGCGAAUGAUCACAAGUAAUCGCCAAAUGGAAAUGGUGGAUUCGAGGAUUCUAAGGCAGGAUUUGGAUAAAGUUAUAGUUGAGCAAUAUAUGUCCAUUGCUUGUUUGUGCACUUUUAAUAAUGAUAAAGGGAGGCCCCCAAUGAGAGAGGUCGUUGAGCUUCUAAAUGAACUUUCAAUGUGA